UUCCCCAGCUUGACUAAACGCCACGUCGGUUUUCAGGGAGAGGAGCAUCAGAUCUGCAGCGCUUUCUGAGCGAAAACUGCAGAUUUUACCCCAUUUAUUCCUUAAAUACAGCGCUACAGCCCGGAGCCCGACCUGCACACAGGUGAGAUGAGGGCUUUUCCCCUGGCUGCGCUGCUGCUGGUGGUUGGUUUAGUGGUGCUGGCAACUCAUCUGAGCCACGCCCACUCUCACUCCCAUGACCAUGGCCACGCCCACUCCCAUGGACACCACGGGCACUCUCAUGGUGAGGGUGGUUGCCAUGGACACUCCCACGGUGGCGUGAAGAUGCACCACGGGGCGAGCAAGUGGAGCGCCGAGGCAAACCUGCAGCAUCCGGAGGAGGAGGAGGAGCUUCAUCAUGACCACGACCACGAUCAUGACCACGCCCACAGUCAUGACCACGCCCACGAUCAUGGCCACGCCCAUGAGCACGGCCAUGCCCAUGACCAUGGGCACCACCACGACCACGGGCACAACCAUGGACACGACCACGGGCACGACCAUGGCCACUCCCACGACCACGGGCACGACCAUGGCCACUCCCACGACCAUGGCCACGCCCACAGCCACGGUACAGGUGAAGAGAGGGUGAAGCGAGACCUGGAGGCCGAGGGGAGGACCACCCUGGAGCUCUGGAUGCAGGCGAUCGGAGCCACUCUGCUGAUCAGCGCCGCACCCUUCCUCAUCCUCUUCCUCAUCCCCGUCCAAUCAAACACGGAUCAGCACCAGAACCUGCUGAAGGUCCUGCUCAGCUUCGCCUCCGGAGGCCUGCUGGGGGACGCCUUCCUGCACCUCAUCCCACACGCCCUGGAACCGCACUCUCACCAUGGAAACGAGGACCACGGCCACUCACAUGCCAGCGAGGAGUCACAUGGUCACUCUCAUGGAGCGGCUCAUGGUCACAUGAUGUCGGUGGGUCUUUGGGUUCUGGGGGGCAUUGUUGCGUUUCUGGUGGUUGAGAAGUUUGUUCGUCUGCUGAAGGGAGGGCACUCUCAUUCACACUCUCACGCUCCAACUAAAGCGAAAGACAGUGAUGGAGAGGAGAAAAAAGAAGACGUGAAAAAAGGAGAGAAAGACAAAAAAGAGAAGAAAUCGAAGAAAGCAAAGGAGGAGAACUCUGAUAUUAAGGUGUCUGGCUACCUGAACCUGGCGGCUGAUUUCACUCAUAACUUCACGGACGGUCUGGCUAUCGGAGCUUCCUUCCUGGUCGGGCCGACGGUCGGCGUGGUAACCACCAUCACCAUCCUGCUGCACGAGGUUCCUCACGAGAUCGGAGACUUCGCCAUUCUCGUCCAAUCAGGAUGCACCAAGAGGAAGGCCAUGUGUCUACAGCUCCUCACUGCUAUUGGUGCGUUGGCGGGUACAGCCUGCUCCUUAUUGGCUGAGGGAGUGGGCGCGGCCGCCACGGCGUGGAUCCUCCCCUUCACCGCCGGCGGAUUCGUCUACAUCGCCACGGUAACCGUCCUCCCGGAGCUGCUGGCGGGGCGGUCGAGUGUGGGCCAAUCGCUGAUGGAGAUCAUGGCUCUGCUGUUCGGGGUGGGGAUGAUGGUGCUGAUCGCCGAGUACGAGUGAGGGAAGACGGAGGAUAAAGGAGAGAUAAACCGAGGGGGGGAGGAACGGGGAAGAGAGAGAGAGAACCGGCUGAAGAACGUUUGGCUUUUUGAAUUUUUCAGAGACUCAGGUUAUUUAAGAGCUGAAGAUGAUGGUUAUUAGUAAAGCGAGUGAUUGGAUUGAUUGAAUGAACGAUUGAAUAAACGAGUGAAUAGGUGAGGGGAGUGACCAUGUGGGGGAGGGGGAGGGGCUUUAAAAGAGAACUGCACUAAAAGAUCCAAAGACUCGACACUCUGCCUCAUCCAGCAUCUCCAGGGACCAGCAGAGUGGGGCUUGUGGGUCAGAUACUCAAUCAAAAUUCCUAAUACGUCCUGGAUACGGGACUGAAUUACUGUUAGCCGAGACGCGCACAUGUUAACUGAGGUUCUGCUUUUGCUUAAUUGCUUAAUUGAUUGAUUGAUUGAUUGAUUUCUUCGCGUAAAAGUUGUCUUGUCAAAAUGAUGUCCAAUUAAAACCUUUUUUUUUAAACAAAUGAUUUAUUGAGUUUUGACCCGUUUAGGUAACUAUAACUGUUGGUUAUUUUGUUUUUUUGAUUAUUGGUUUACACUGCUUAUAUUGUAAGCUUGUUUUCAUUGGUUUCUUAGCCGAGAUCAGAGCUUUUAGGCUACGUUCACAUUUACAAGCCAAUUUAUGCUCCCUAGUUCACUCUCAUAUUUGAGUCAUGAAACUAUGGAUUCCACUAGGGGUCUAUCGCCAACAUAUUUGAAUAUGGUGAACUAUAUUAUACCCUGAUCUAUUGUUCCAUAUCACCCACCCCUAAUUAUCACAUCAGGGUUCUACUUUUUUUACUGUUUUUAUCAAAAGAAAAAUUCGCACUGUUCUCAUUAUUUCCCAUUAUAUAUCUACUAGAGACAGAUUAUCUCUGUCCAGUAUCAUUUAUUUUACUUUAAUCCUGGAUAUAUGGAGAUAUUUGGAUUGCAUUAUUAUUAUUAUCAUGACAUUCUAAUUCAUUGACUUCUGUUACAAAUCUGAUAAAAUUCUUGUAAUUUUUUAUAUCUCUGAUAGGAAUGCAUCAUAUCAUACUGUAUGCAAUAGUAACAUUUGACGUUUUCAUUUUGUUGCAGUAGUGUAUUCUUAAAAUGAAAUAUAUAUUAUUUUUAUUUAAUGUUUUGUUAUAUCACUUAUCAUUAUUAUAUCAUUAUCGCAAAAAUAACAUGAAACCCCAUAUUUUCACAACCUGUGUAGUUAUUUAAAAACAUAUUCGACUAGUCAUCAUUUCCAUUAUUUGCCAUUUGCUCCACUUUUAAGUUGUAAUGUGAAUGUAGCCUUAAGCCCUGUCUGAACGGGAUUAGUUUUACACUUAAACUCCUGCAUUUGGACUGCAAUUGAAAAAACAGGAGGAUCAGUUAUUUUUUAGGCUUUUUUUCUCGGUCACCUGACAUCACGGCGUUCAGUAGCUCCUCCAUUUCCAUGUAGGUGUUUUUCUCAGACGUCCUCCGAGAUAAAAUAAAUUACAGGCUGAAUUAUCUACUGUUUUUCUCUGAACUCCAUGCUCCUCCGGUAAUUUUAGUCCCGUCCGGACGCACAUCUCUGAGUUUUUUGAUCGUUCUGGACGGAAAUAAAAUCACAGAGGAUAAAAAAAAAAAAAAAAACAUAAAAGCGAAAAUGAUCCCGUCAGAUAGGGCUUUAGUCUGUUCUGAACACGCCGCCUUUUUUUUUUUCAAAAAUGUUUCACUGUUGUGAUUCUGAAACUGACAUAAACCACUGUCCAGAUCACUUUCUGUUCUCCUGUUUAGAAGCUCUUUUAUAUUUAUAGUUACUAAACUAUCCCUGUCUACAUGUCUUAUCCAUGUAUUUUUUAUUUUGUUUCGUUUUGUUUGUGCUUGAAUUCGCUUGAAAUGUCUCCAUCUACCAUCAUUCCUUACCGUGUGUUUUCUGAAUGUUCUCUAUGGUUUUUACGGGCUUAGAAUUGUGCAGUUCCUGGACCAAUGAAGGUGGUGAGAUCGGGACGAUGAUUUGUGUCUGAAGCUCUACAUGUUUGACCAAAUCUGUUACUGCUGGGAUUUUGUUUGCUGACCUGUUUAUAAAAUGCUGGGAAUGUGGAUGAAAUAUAAUAAUAGGUUUCCAAUCCUG